AUGUCGUAUCUUGGUCCCUUCUAUGGUCAUGUUAAUGGAGCAUGCAUUAUGAAAGAAAUUCAUAGGCUUUGGUGCCACUGGAAGUCACGCGGGACCAACAUAACGCAAUGCCUGAGUGAUGAGCAGUUGAAGCUUUUCACAGAACUCGACUAUCUCACCCCCGCGCAAUGGAAUCCCCUGGGUGGAGCAGGGAGUGCCGAGCAGCUCGAGCAAGACAUUAUAACGGGUUUGAUCUCCAGCUGGUUUCAGCAGCGCUGUGAGAAUGACUUCAAAAAGACUAAUGGACAGUAUAAGCCGGAGCCAGCCAAUGUUCAUCGCUGGAUGGCUCAUUUGCUCCUCACAACCACCAUUAAUAUCGCGACAGGUUCCAAAGUGGUUGCCUUUGCCACCACAGAAGAUAACAAAUUCUCACCAGCAGGGAGCUUGACUUUAGCCCCCCUUGAUCUAUUUAUGAACUUUGAGCUCUUGCUCAAGGACACAUUCUCGGAUUUCAACCGUCCCCUAGCCGACUUCUCGCCCGAGUUUAGGUAUGACGACUAUCAAAGCGCCAUUAAGAACUUGCGCCUGAGCCUGUUGCAGGAAUGGCCUUCCGAAGCUCCAGCACUAGGCAGCGUGCCAUUGGUGAAACUUCACGAGGGUACUCUGGGGGGCGGCAAGCAGACAAAUUCGUACGACGUCCGAAAUUCCCUGCUAGUCCAGGAUAACGAGGGCAAAAGAUAUCUACUUUACCACCUUGCAAACCUCUGUCGAAGAUGCCACGGGGUUAUGAAUCUACCCAACACUCUAGUCAGCCAAAGGCUCCUCUGGUCUAUUCUCCUCCUGGACUUCUAUAACCCUGUCUAUAGCUGGCGUCAUCGUGUGCUCAUGCAGUAUCUCCCUCGCACCAAAAAGCUCGUCAACGGGAAAUACGACAUGGAAGCUGCCUUUGUGGCGAACAUUCGCGCCUCCUGCCACUCCCCUGAGACCGAUUCACCCGAAUUGCAAUUCCUCGCUGUAUACGACGAACGCUCGCCACCGUCACCGGACACGGUCAAGUCCCGAUUUAAAUCCUAUUUAAACAAGGUUGAGUACCAUAUCAAUACACCCCGGGGGCUGGCCGAUUACAUGAAGUUGGCCGAGUCCCGCCGUCGCAUCUACCGUCCGCUGCCGCUUGAUGAAUUUCGCCUAACCCGAGCGUACGCGCUGCGGCUUUCGCCGACAUGGCCACUUGUGGAGAUGACCAAACAUGCGACGGUAACGCCGAUCCCCCCGCGAGGGCUUAAUUUCUUGAAUUGUUGGACGGGCACUUUGCAUGCGUUCGAUCCGAAGUUACUGCCCCAGGAUGGUUGCUAA